CCUGUCUGCCGUCGGGCUCCCCUGGACACACAGGGAUGAAGUGCUGUCAGUUAUUAAUAGACUGUAUGAGCUUAUUUCACUCUUCAAUCCCAAUGUUACCAACCUGGUAACAGAAGAGGUGGCCAGGUCACCCUCAGCACACAGGAAUCUGUCGGAUCAAGCUGCCCACCUGACCUUUUCAAUCCGGGCUCACCAGGCCUUCGAGCGCAACUGGAAGUUGGUGCUGCUGUUCGUCUCAGUGGACGAUGUGUGCGCCUGCCCGGAACAGGCGAGUGGCGCGGUGGCGGCAGCCGUGCAGCAGUUUGACCAGGCGCUGCACACACUGCGCUCGCAGCUGCGUCACACUCUGGUUAGCACCAUGGUGUGGCCCGGAGGUCCGAGUGCCGCGUCUCGGGAUGACAGUUUGUGUUCCUGCACCUCUACCCACAAUGCAGCUGGUCUCAGGCUGAGGAAAGCCGCACUCGCCCAGGCCCUCCAGGAGUCUCUGGAGCGCCACCUGGAGGAGAGACUGUGGUACGGAGACCGAGAUGACUUUGCCGUGCAGCUCCAGGGAGCUCCCUUGGACACCGGGCUGGACGAUAUAUCCGGAGGAGAGGCGCCCCCUACUGGAAAGAGCGUGCUGGACACGGAUGGACUGGCCAUUCAGCUUUGGACCAACUUACUGCAGCCAAUGGCGGUGGAGCGUGACCGGGACGUAGUCGGAACCCAAUGUCAGAGGGAGCACCAGCCCUUCCUACGCACCUGGCAGAACUCCCCUCCAGAGCUCCACCUGAAAGUUCGCACCCGUGAUCAGGGCAGCAAUGCAAUACCCCACAUGGAGCCAACCGUGGGCAGCAAGCUCUCCUGUGCAGACAGAGGCCCCUCCCCCACACCUCCGACAUCAGUUCACGCUCUCCGGCCGGCGGAUGUCAAAGUGGUGGCCGCUCUCGGGGACUCCCUGACGGCGGCCAACGGUGCGGGAGGGUCUCCCAACAACAUCCUGGAUGUCAUAGUGGAGUACAGGGGGAUCUCCUGGAGCAUCGGAGGAGACGACAACCUGACCUCCGUCACCACUCUUCCCAACAUCCUUCGGGAGUUCAACCCCUCCCUGACGGGGUACUCCGUGGGAACGGGAAAGGAGCACACUCCAUCAGCCUUCCUGAACCAGGCCGUGGCGGGGUCCAACACCGACGACAUGCCUCAGCAGGCACGCCUCGUAGCGGACAUGAUGAAGAACGAUCCGCGCAUCGAUUUCCACAACGACUGGAAGGUGAUCACCAUGUUCAUCGGAGGCAACGACCUGUGUGACCACUGCACUGACUCCGUUUACUACUCAGCCGAAAACCUGGUCUCCAACAUUCGCCAAGCUCUGGAUAUACUGCAUCAGGAGGUGCCCCGUGCCCUAGUGAACCUAGUGGAGCUCAUGGACAUCAUGCCCAUCUACCACCUGCACCAGGACAACAGCCUCAGAUGCCCCACCUGGCUGAUCAACCUCUUUUGUCGGUGUGUGGUGAAGCCUGCUGAACACUCUGCUGAGCUCCAGACGCUGAAAGACCUCAACCAGGCUUAUCAGCGUGGCAUGCGGGACCUCGUAGACUCUGGCCGCUACGACACGCACUCCAACUUCACCGUGGUGCUGCAGCCGUUCUUCCACGAGGUUGUGCCCCCCCGGCUGGAGGAUGGCAGGCUUGACCGAUCCUACUUCGCUUCAGACUGCUUCCAUCUCAGCCAGAAGUCCCACGGCCUGAUGGCUCGCGCACUGUGGAACAACAUGCUGGAGCCUCUUGGUAACAAGACAAGCACCUAUGACUUCUCCUCUGACAUCCCGUUCAUGUGCCCCUCUGAGGACUCGCCGUUCCUGCGCACCUAUCAGAAUAGCGACUACACUUACAAGGAGCCCGACCCCACGCCGCCGGCGAUCACGAACUGGGGCAGCGACUUCCCAUGCAGCGUCCAGGGACCUUCGGACCCCGUCCCCACCUCAGUUCACAGGUUGCGACCGGAGGACAUUAAAGUGGUGGCAUCACUCGGAGACUCCCUCACCGCCGGCUUCGGAGCCAAAUCGAAGAACCUGCUGGAGCUGACGACCGAGUACAGAGGAGUGUCGUGGAGCAUCGGGGGAGAUGAGACGCUGGAGACGGUGACUACGUUACCUAACAUCCUGAGGAAAUUCAACCCCUCGCUGAUGGGCUUCUCCAGAGGACGGGGGGACAGACAGAAGGGUUUCAACUUGGCUGUGUCCGGUGCCAAGUCCUCUGACAUCCCAGCUCAGGUGCAGAGUCUCAUUCAAGCCUUGAAGGACAGCGAGGAUGUGGACUUUGACAAUGACUGGAAGCUAGUGACACUCUUCAUUGGAGCCAACGACCUGUGCCAGUACUGCGAGGACCGUGCUUCCCUUUCGCUGCAGAACUACAGCCGCUACCUGCAGGAAAGCCUGGACAUGCUCUACAAAGAGGCGCCACGGAUGAUGGUCAACAUCCUGGGGGUUCUGCAGGUGGAUGGCCUCAGGAGGGUCAAGAGGGACACGUUGGGCUGCUCCCUGCUGCAGAAGUACGCGUGCCCGUGUGUGCUGAUCCCUGGAGAGGACUCGAUGGAGCUGAGCGAGCUGAGGAGGAUCAAUAGGGAGUUCCAGGCUGAGACAGAGAGGCUGGUGUGGGGGGGGCGCUACGACGGCCGUGAGGACUUCACCGUGGUCUUCCAGCCCUACUUCCAGAACACCGUCGUCCCCCUCGCGCAGGAUGGGACGCCUGACCUGAGCUUCUUCUCCGUGGACUGCUUCCACAUCACUGAGCGGGGGCACGCCGAGAUGGCCAUCUCACUGUGGAACAACAUGCUGGAGCCCGUGGGAAGGAAGCAGGCGCACAACAACUUCACCUACGACCGCAAAAAAAUCCAGUGUCCCACAGAGGAUCAGCCAUUCAUCUUCACCAGGACCAACAGCUUUCCCGGCAUGCCUGCCGCCACCACCACUGCCACCAGCCGCCCUCCGUACUCCAGCACCACCUUGGCACCGGUGACCCUGCGCUCCGAUUCGCUGCCAUUGUGGAUGGCGCCUCUUCUGGCAGUCAUGGGCCUGAUCGUUGGCUCUAGCGCCACCUGGCUCCUCCUCUCUCGCCAGCAGCGGAGGAUCAGGAAGAAGAUGACCGACCUGAACCUGGAGAUGAAAGGCACUGGGCUGUGAUACCCAUGAGUGUAGCCCAUAAAAAAUACUAUGCAUUUGACACCACCGCACGGAGUCACCUUAACGCAAGAUUGUAAAUUCAAUCUUACUGUUGAUAAUCCUGCAAUAAUAAUAUUUUCCAAUUUAAACAAUCAGUGCAUUAUCAAUAACUAUUUGUGCAGUGCCAACUGGCACAUACCAGGCUACAGUCAAAGCUACAUCCAAACCCACAGCCCAGGAGCUGUAAGACUCCAGUGCUACCUGCUGUGCCGCCAUGCUGCCCUAUUUAAAUAAAGGAUAACUAAAUCUGGUUGAAGCAAAAAUAAGAGUACACUUGUACAUUUUGGAAUAAUCUGAAUUUAUUUCAAUUAAAGCAAUAAAGAUUGAAAGCCCGUUUAUGUGACGGCUGUGCGAGUCCUCAGGGCCAAGUACACGCGUGUCUAUUUCCAUGACCCCCAUCCCCCUGGGGCAAUUGGCUCAAUUGGGCUUUAAUUAUGUUUACUAUUUAUAACCACGCAAGUUCCGAAGAGCUGAACCGGUAACCGCAAUUUCCGCUCUUCAGGUGUAUGUGAGUCUCAAGUAAUAUUCACAUGUAUAGAGUUGUAGAUUCUGGAAAAAUCUAAUUAAUAAAAUGCAGCCAAUAUUAAAAGUGAGCACAUACAGUAGU